AUGGCCACGUCAUCAUCUAUGGCGUUAGUGGGCUCCUUACUCUCCAUCAUCAACGAGAUCUCCGCGCUCGGCGAUCGCCUGCGCAGCCACAAGCGCUCGUGUCAGAUCCUCAUCCGUCGGAUCAAGCUGCUCGCGCCGCUCUUCGAGGAGAUUAGAGACGUCAAGAGCCCGCUGCCGCCGGCGGCGGUAGUUGCGUUUCAGAGCAUGCGGGCCGCGCUUAGCGCGGCGAAGACCAUUCUCGUUGACUGCAGCAGCGGAAGCCGCAUCUGGAUGGUAAUGGAGCGCGAGGCGAUGGGGGAGCGAAUGCGCGCGGUGAAUCUCGAGCUGAGCGGCGCGCUGGCGGACCUUCCGAUGAACGUGAUGGCGAUCUCCGAGGAGAUCCAGGAGCAGAAAGAGGACAUUCAUUCCCUCUCCCCCGCCUUCUUCUCCACUCUUUUCCCCCACAUUCUCUCCUCACCCGCUCUCCAUCUCCCUUCUGCACCCCCUCUCCUUCUACGCUCUCUCCUAUCCGCCCCUGGUCUCUCCCCUUAUUCCCCCCCAUCAGACCCAGCUGGUGCAGGUGCAAUUGAAGCGCAGCCGCGCACUAGACGACGCACAGGAGGAGCAGCUGUAUGCCGAUGUGCGCCACAUCCCCUCCUCCUCACCCCUUCGUCUCCCCGUGUCCUCCUCGGUCUCCCCCCUUCCCCCCCCCAGACCCAACUAGUGCAAGUGCAGCUGAAGCGCAGUCGUGCACUAGAUGACGCGCAGGAGGAGCAACUCUACGCCGACGUGCGCCACAUCCCCUCCUCCUCACUCCCUGUCUUCCCCCAUUUCCGCCAUCCCCCCGUUUGCAUUCCCCGCUCCCCCCAUCAGACCCAACUAGUGCAAGUUCAAUUGAAGCGCAGUCGUGCACUAGAUGACGCGCAGGAGGAGCAGCUGUACGCCGACGUGCGCCACAUCCUCUCUGACCCGCGUCUGGGCGGCCCUCCCCUCAACAGCUCCGCCCGCCACUCUCCUGCUGCUGCUGCUGCCUCUGUCUCUGCCUCUGCUGCUGCUCACCAGGGGGGAGUUGACGGCUCCGGCCCGAUGAUUGAUCUGUCAGCCGUGCCGCAGUCGCCACACCCCUCUGCUCCUCCUCCCUCCCCGGCCGUUCUCUCGGCCUUCCCCUCCUUCCCUCCCACGCGCUCGGAUCUUAACAAGGGUGUUUGUGCUGCUGCUGCUGCUGGUGUUACAAUCACAGUGGUACCAUCAGGUGGGGCAGGAGACGAAGGAGCAGAGGCAGGAGGGUCUGCAGCAGGAGGAGCAGGAGGAGGAGCUGGGCGGUUUCCGUCAUUACCCUCGCUAAGUUCCGUGGAAGCAGGGUUACUAGACCCGGUUCUGGGCAAGCUAGGGCUGAUCUCCCUGCCAGCUGUUUUAGAGGAGAUAGCCUCGCUAAAACGAGCGCGGGAUCAGCUUAUAGAGGAGACGGAUGCAGCAGUGGCAACCGGCGGAGGGAGUGGGGGUGGGGGUGGGGAAUCUGCAAUGGAACGGCUGAGGCUGAGGCUAAAUGAGGAGCUGAGGAAGGGGGCAGAAAUGAGUUUCUCAGGAGAGGAGGAGGGAGGGUCUGGUGGGGGGAGAGGGGGAGGGAAAGAGGAGGACCCUUCAAGUGGUUCGAAACAAGCUUCUGCUUCUCCCAAAUCUCUGGUUUCGCCGAAAGGUGCUGUGUCUUCCAGAGGUGGGGAUGGGAAGUCCGGGGACGGCAGUAUGUGCUCAAGGGUGGAUGCUGAACGGAGGGUUGUCUUGGAAAGUAGAAAGAAUGAGAAGUUGAGGGAGGUGGAGAAGAUUAUACUGUUACUGGAGCGGCUUAAAGUGAGUCUAAGCGGAGGGAUGGAGGAUAGAGAGGAGGGGAGCGGUGGAGUGAGGAAGUCGGGGAGUGGAGAUGGGUCGGGAGGGGAGGAGGGGAAUCCGGAGGAUGGGGUGGAUCGGGGCGGCAUUGGCGUGGGCACUGGGUCGGCGCUGCGGUCGAAAUCCGGGCGGCUGGUAGUGCCGCCGGAUGACUUCCGUUGUCCUAUCUCGCUGGAGAUCAUGAGGGAUCCUGUGAUUGUAUCCACAGGCCAGGUCAGUGCAUGUUACAGACAAAAUAUUCUAAUGCCCCUCUGGAGCCCUCAUCCUCACCCGCUGUUGACUUACUUGUGUUGUCCCACAUCCCCGUUUGGUUCCUGCACACCCCCCAUUCACCCCCGCCUACCCCCUCCUCCUGCUGUACUCCCUCCCUGGACUCCUAACCGCACCCCUCCGUCCUCUCCCCCUUCCCACUCUCAGACGUACGAUCGAGCGUACAUCGAGCAGUGGCUGAAGGAGGGGCACAAGACGUGCCCCAAGGCGACUUCUGAGGCACACUCCAACACCACCAACCCCCCCAACCUCUUCCCCCACCUCCCCCACCUCCCCUUUCCCCCACCAGACGUACGACAGGGCGUACAUAGAGCAGUGGCUGAAGGAGGGGCACAAGACACGUACGAUCGAGCGUACAUAGAGCAGUGGCUGAAGGAGGGGCACAAGACGUGCCCCAAGACGCAGCAGAUCCUGUCCCAGCCCGCGUCGCUCAUCCCCAACUUCUCCCUGCGAAGCCUCAUCCAGCAGUGGUGCGAGGCCAAUAAUGUGGAGCUUCCAAAGAGAUCGCAGAAGUCAGGCCACAGGCACCGCCAUCACAGCAGCAAGCAUGGGAGCAGUAGCAGCAGCAGUGGUGGUGGUGGUGGCAGCAGUGGGAGUAGGGGUGCGGGUGGGAGUGGUGGGGGUGGUGGGUCUGGUGGGGGAGCGGGAGGUUCGGGUGGGACCGGGGACGGAGGCUCGGCGGAAAUUUCGCUCUCGGAUCGGCAUCAGGUGAUGCAGCUUCGGGACCGGCUUCGGUCGCCGGACCUGGAGGUUCGGAAGAGUGCUGCAGUAGACGUGAGGCUGCUGGCGAAGCGAAGUGUGGAGAACCGGGUUGCAAUGGCCGAAGGAGGCAUCAUUCCCCUCCUGGUCGAACUACUCACAAACCCUCUUCCAGCUGAUGCCAAGAUGCAAGAGCAUACGGUUACCGGGUUACUCAACCUGUCGAUCAACGACCCGAACAAGAGCCUGAUUGUCUCUGCUGGAGCCAUCCCGGCCAUAGUUCGGGUGCUGGAGAAAGGAGGCAGCAUGGAGGCUCGGGAAAACGCCGCCGCGGCGCUGUUCUCGCUCUCGGUCAUGGAUGAGAACAAGAUUUCAAUUGGGCAGGCGGGAGCGAUACCAGCACUGGUGGACCUGCUUCAGCACGGGUCGACUCGAGGAAAGAAAGACGCUGCUACUGCAAUUUUCAACCUCUCGAUCUACCAGGGGAAUAAGGCCCGGGCUGUGCGUGCCGGGGUGGUGGCCCCUCUCGUGGAACUUCUCGUGCACCGUCGAUCGGGCAUGAUGGACGAGGCUCUCGCGAUCCUGGCCGUCCUUUCGACGUCCCCAGAGGGGCAGACGGCGAUCGGAGAAGCGAGUGCAGUGCCUAUUCUAGUGGAGCUGAUGAAAGAUGGGUCUCCGAGGAACAAGGAGAAUGCGGCUUCGGUGCUGCUCUCGCUGUGUUUGAAUGGGAGGGAGCACACGGAGCUUGCGGUGCAGUGCGGUGCUGUGCCGCCGCUGCAGCUGCUGCUGAGGAGUGGGACGCCCAGGGCUAAGCGGAAGGCGUCUCAGCUGCUGCAGCACCUGCAGGAGCAGGAGCUCAUGGCUAAGAAGAGUUAA